UAACGGAGUGCAGGAUGAUUUGAUUUGUUGUUAGGCUGUGUAGAUGGCGCACCGAACUUGUAAACUGCGUAUGCCGAACUGACGUUUUUGGUUAUUUUUGUUCUCGCCUCGUGUUUACUUUAGUGUCUAAUUUCGGUCCAAUUGCGAAAAUUCAGUUGUGCAACACCCGAAAGGUUAAUAUUUCGCUCAUAGACGGCAUCAUCGUGCUGAAUAGUAUCGAUCCGUAGUUCCGGAGUAGGUAUAUGUAUACAGUUUUAUCACGUGGUGGUGUGGUGGUUUAUAUAAUUCUUGUUUACCGCACAAGUCGGAACUUUGCGCAUGUGCGUCCCGUCAGUAACCUCAAAUUGUAGAGUAGGCACGGAUUCGGCAGGCUCCGGAUAUCCGGGUCGCGACGCGAAGUCGGCGGUUCUCGCGGCUGGUUUGUGAUGUGCCCUCGUGCAAGUCGUACACGCCCCGUGAGCGGACAGCGUUGGUGAUACGGCACUCGCGCGGCUGUCAUGGCCCAGACUCAGUUCACGCGGAGCUCCGAGAGCGACGCAUGGGCGCUCCUGUCGCUGAAGUCGGCGCCGCCGUCGCCGUCCAAGGUGCAGUGGGCGCAGGAGCCGGCGCCGAUCGCCAUCGCGCGGCUGGACGGUCGGGACUUCGAGUUCAUCAUCCGCCAGAAGCGCGUGGUGAUCGGGCGCAACUCGAGCCGGGGGCAGGUGGACGUCAACAUGGGCCACUCGAGCUUCAUCUCGCGGCGCCACCUGGAGCUGUUCUACGACCACCCCGAGUUCUACCUGACUUGCAACAGCAAGAACGGCGUGCUGGUUGACGGCGUGUUCCAGCGGAAGGGCUCGGCCGCGAUGCUGCUGCCUAAGAGAUGCACGCUCAGAUUCCCUUCCACAAACAUCCGGCUGGAGUUCCAGUCGCUGGUAGAGGAGAGCGGGGCGGGGGGCAGCUCCGGCGCGCCCCUCGUGCCGCUUCGCAUUGCCAUACCCAUGGAGAAUGACGCGCGAAGCCCGGCUCCUUCGCCCACUGGCACAAUAAGCGCAGCGAACAGCUGCCCGACUUCACCGCGGGGCGCGGGCUCCUCAGGCCGGCGGCACGCCGACCUUGGGCUUGUGGCUCAAUACGCUGCCCUUGCGGAUCACCAGCGGCCCAACAGCAAUGGCACUGCGGUGUCAUCAACAACUUCAGAAUACAGCAGCCGCGACGUGCGCGAUUCCCGCGAUUCCCGCGACGCCCGCGACGACGCCAAGCCUCCAUACUCCUACGCGCAACUCAUCGUGCAAGCGGUGGCUUCUGCCGCCGACAAACAGCUGACGCUCAGCGGCAUCUAUAGCUACAUUACCAAGCAUUACCCGUACUACCGCACGGCUGACAAGGGCUGGCAGAAUUCUAUACGGCAUAACCUGUCGCUCAACAGAUACUUCAUCAAAGUGCCGCGCAGCCAAGAAGAGCCGGGCAAAGGCAGCUUCUGGCGCAUCGACCCGCAGAGCGAGGGCAAGCUCAUCGAGCUGGCCUUCCGUCCGCGCCGCCCGCGAGGCGUCCAGUUCCGCGCGCCCUUUGGACUCUCCUCCAGGAGCGCGCCUACGUCGCCGUCGCAGGUGGGCGUGUCAGGGCUGGUGACACCAGANGAGACACAAGAGCUCUCCUGCGAGCCCACGCCCGACCUGCUGUCCGCCGACGACCACGAGCAGCAGGCGGGCCAACAACGGCUGGGCGGCGCGCAGUCGCAGUAUUUGUUCCCGCACGUCAGCCAGAGUGCGCCGGGAUCGCCAGGCCACGGGCUGUCGUACACGCCGAGCGGCAGCGGGCUGGUGGUGGCGGGCCACCAGAUCACCGUCGUCACCAACGGCGCCGGCGGCGAGCGCGAGGAGAAAUAUGUUGUCGGCACGACGACGGGAGGAAACUUGGUGUCCAUUCAGGAGGAGGAGGUGCCCUCGGGCGUGGUCAUCCACCAGCACUCGCCCUACUAUGCGGGCAACUACGGCGGCGGCGCCGGUGACUGCGGCGCGCUGGGCGGCGAGCUCGUGAUCGAGGAGGCGCCGCUCGAGCCGCCGGUCAAGCGCCACAGGCACCACAACAUGUCCGACCUAGAAGACCGGCGCGCGUAUUGACAGGGCGCGCGGGCCCCGCGUGACGCGCCUCCCGCGCCGCCGCCCACGCGGCCCGCGCGCGUCUCGCGCGUAGCACUCGCGCGACGCGCCACGCGCGCCUCGAGGUAAACGCGCAAGCUCGUUGCAUCCCAUGUUUCUGCGAUUUUAGGACACUAUUAGUUGCUAUUUACGAUGUUUAUUGAUAUGUUUCGGAAAAUUGUCAGGGAGGUAGUUUAGAGCCAGGAGAAGGACAUGGGAUACUUUUUAUCCCGUUCGAAAUAAAAAAAAAGUCUGCUUAUUUAUUGCCAUUAAGGCGGAACAAAGCCGGGUCAGCUAGUUAGUUGCUAUUCACGAAGUUUAUUGAUGUUUCGAACUCCUAUGUUCUUCUGAUUAAUUUCGU